AUGUGGAACCGCGUUGUCGCCUCUCCGGCGCGCCUAUGCGCUCCGCGCUCAUCUACUGCAAUUUCCCAGCUUCGCCACCAUGUUGUUGUGCGUCGCAUACCUUCCAAAGAGACGAUUGCAGCACUGAAAGAGCGUCUCGGCGACCGCCUCUCGACUGCAGCGUCCGUUUUAGAGCAACACGGCACGGACGAGUCGUACCACGCUGUGGCUCCACCUGAUGCCGUCGCUUAUGUCCAAUCUACUGAAGAAGUAUCAGACGUUGUCAAGAUCUGUACUGCUGCCAAUAUACCCGUGAUUCCAUUCGGUGCUGGCUCUUCUCUUGAAGGCCAUAUCUCUGCUGUCCAAGGUGGGGUCUCUAUCGACCUCACGGGCAUGAACAACAUCCUGAACGUGGAGUUUGAGAACAUGAGCUGCAAGGUGCAGGCAGGGGUCACGCGUGAACAGCUGAAUGUCGAUCUACGAGCGACGGGUCUCAUGUUCCCGGUCGAUCCAGGUGCCAACGCUACAAUUGGAGGUAUGAUCUCCACCAAUGCAUCCGGAACGACUACAGUGCGGUAUGGCAACAUGAAGACGAACGUCAUGGCGCUGACGACUGUUAUGGCUGAUGGACGGAUCAUUAAGACGGGCUCUCGAACGCGCAAGUCGUCAGCUGGAUACGAUCUCACGCGUCUGUUCAUUGGCUCAGAGGGGACGCUGGGGAUCGUCACGGAGGCGGAGCUUCGUCUCUUUGGCAUUCCGGAAGCGGAGAAGACAAUGAUCUGUCAGUUCGACACGAUCCGGAAUGCUGUCGACAUGUGUGCAACUGUGAUGCAGAUGGGGAUUCCGGUAGCGCGAAUGGAGUUGAUGGACGAGAACGCUGUGGAGGCUAUCAACAAGUACUCGAAGCUGACAACUCCAGUGCGUCCAUCGCUUAUCGUGGAACACCAUGGCUCGCCCGGUGAGGUGGAAGAGCAGAGUGCGGUUGUGGUGGACAUUGCCAAUGACUUUGAUGCGAAGGACAUUGAGUUGGCGACUAGUACUGAAGAGCGCAAGAAGCUGUGGAGCGGCCGCCAUGCUGCUUGGUAUGCCACCAUAAGCCAAAUGCCUGGCAGCCGUGGUUUGUGUACCGAUGUCGCUGUCCCGUUCGGCAAGUUGACGGAUGUGAUUGUCGAGACGCAAGCGGAUUUGAAAGAGUCUGGAAUGUUUGGCGCGAUUGUCGGACACGUUGGCGACGGCAACUUCCACGUCAUGUUGCCUAUUCUGCAAGACGAUGCCGAGCUGAUGCGAAAGGUACACGAGUUCUCCGACCGUCUGGUGAACCGAGCGAUCAAGUAUGAGGGUACGUGCACGGGUGAGCACGGCAUCGGCAUUGGCAAGUUGGAUUAUCUAUUGAAGGAACACGGUGAGACCGUGGCAGUGAUGCACACGAUUAAGAAGGCGCUGGACCCUCAGAACAUCAUGAACCCGGGCAAGAUUUUUGCGGCGAUGGAGUCUACUCAGUAA